AUGGAAAGCCCUUUACCGCCCCCAAGCUACUCGGAAGCCACUACAACAGAUCCGCUUACGACAGAUGGCUUCGGUGUCUCCCCAAUGACAACCACAUCUAGCCCAGUGACUUUCAAUGUCUCUGUAUCCCCAAUGGCUACACCGAUAACAUCUCGAUCUAUGGAGACGUUAACACAAUCACACCUCACCGACUCUGAAACGUAUCCUUCUCACCCAAGCACGACAGGAAACGAUGUAGCCCGACGAGUCGACUCCGAUUGCCUUCCACAGGCUGUUAUACCAGAUGGACUGGAACUUGCUCUCGUGGAAUACUCGAAUAACCGUGACAACCUACCUAUUGUCCACACACCACAAUCAGAUAACACCGAAUACUUCUCUGGCCUCGAAGUCGUACCUGUUCAGCGCUCAGUCAAUAGUGUGACACCUCUACACCUUCUUGGAGACCAGCCAGAAUCGAUUGAUUGCCCUUUCUGUCUACGCCGGAGCGAGACGCGAGUGAAGAAGAAGCCAUCAAGCACAACGCAUUUACAAGCUGUUGCGCUGUUGAUGACAACAGUCUGUGGAGCAGCUGCUCCUUAUAUAGCGCAGUGGUCUUUCAACAUUGAACAGUUCUGUCAAAACUGUGAUAACAGAGUGAUGUAUAGGGCAAGAGGAAAGGAUGUGACAGUUUGCAAAGCUCCACCUUCUUGGAAGGAAGAGUCGAGAUACCCUGAUGCAAACUUGGAUAAAAUCUAG